AUGGCACCCACAAUCCCACCCCCCGACAUCGCACGCACCCUAGCAGAGCACAUCUCAGUUCAACCCAUAGCCCCCGACGCAUUCCAAACGCGCUUCAACCCAGAGCGCCAAGGCAACACCGCAUCCUACGCCUACGGCGGAUGCUCCCUCGGCGCAGGCGUCCAAGCAGCAUGCCAAACAGUACCGGAGGGGUAUAUCCUCUACACUGUAACGGGCUCUUUCCUCGCGCCUGUCUUGACGACCAGCAAACCAACGUGCUCUGUCCGCCGGCUCCGGGACACGCGGACGUUCGCAACGAGACAGGUUGAGAUUUCGCAGGUCCAGAAUGGUACGAGUAGACUCUGCGUGAUCAUGCUCGCGGACUUCCAUAAGAAAGAGACCGGUUCGGUACUAGAGUACUCGGCGCCGCCGGAUCACGUCUACGCGCCACCGGAGUCUGGAAAGUGUCUCACGCCACAGGAAAUCGGGGCGAAGAUGGUACAGGACGGGAUUAUCAGUAACAUGGACCUUAAGCUAUAUAAUACGCUUUUUGGCCUGAUGGCCCGCUUCUUCGAAACACGGCAAGCACCCGAGGGGGUUUCGGCGCAUAAUUUGCACGGUAUGGCGAAGGAGCAGUCUCAACCGCCUCACCAGUCAACCCUGCCAUUGACGCAAAAGACGAGCGCGGACUGGUUCCGCUCUCGCACUCCCUUAUCUACGCGAUCAGACCACUACGCGGGUCUAGCGUGGAUUCUCGACGCGUAUCUGACAUUUAUGCCAUUGACCCAUAGCGGGAUGUUCCUCGAUGACGUUGCUGCAUGCGCAACGCUGGAUUUUGCGAUUCGGAUUUUUAGCGAUGAGUUUGAUCUCACGGAGUGGAUGUUACGCGAGUUGAAGACUGUUGCUGGGGGUUGUGGAAGGACUUAUACGGAGAGCCGGGUGUGGAAUAGGGAGGGCAGGCUUGUGGCGAAUAUGUCGCAGCAGUCGAUUUUGAGGCCUAAGACGAGAAAGACUGGGAAGGCGUCGCUUUGA